AUGCCCCACUUCGUCAAAUUCAACUUGGACAAGCAGAGUAUUGAGGUCCCCGGCACCCGCACCCCCGGUGCCACAGGCAAACAUGCCGCCUAUGCUGAUGCCCUGGUCAACAAUAUCCGCGAUGCCCCUCACAUCCAGACCCUCUACGAUAUGUGGCAGAACUCGGUGACAAAGUAUGCCGACAAUGACUUCUUAGGCCACCGCCCCUUCAACACCGUUGCCCAGACCUAUGGCGGCUACACCUGGGAGACCUACCGUCAGAUCAACCAGCGCGUCAAUGCCUUUGGAAGCGGAAUCAUGCACUUGAACGAGGUUCUCCUGGGCAACGAGCAGCUCAACCGCUGGUCGCUCGGAAUCUGGUCGCACGGUCGCCCCGAGUGGUUCAUUACCGAGAUGAGCUGCAACACCUACAAUCUGGUUUCUGUUGCGCUUUAUGAUACCCUGGGUGCCGAUGCUGUCGAGUACAUUGUCAACCACGCCGACAUCCAAAUUGUCGUCUCAAGCGCCAACCAUAUCGCGGCGAUGCUCGAGAAUGCUGACAAGUUGCCACAGUUGAGGGCCAUCGUCAGCAUGGACUCGCUCCACGACACCGUCCCCGUCCCCGGCGCAACCUCUGCCUCCCAGGUCCUUCGCGCCUGGGGUGCCGAAAAGGGCAUCAAGGUCUACGACUUCCACGAGAUCGAGAACCUCGGCAAGGAGUUCCCCCGCAAGCACAUCCCUCCCCAGGCUGACGAGGUUGCUUCGCUCUGCUAUACCUCCGGAACCACCGGCAAGCCUAAAGGCGCCAUGUUGACCCACAAGAACUUUGUCGCUACUGUCGGCACCAACCGCGAGGGCAUGAUCUUCACCGAGGACGAUGUCUUGAUCAGUUUCUUGCCCCUUGCUCACAUCAUGGGACGUGUCAUUGAUACUUGCUCCAUGCAUGCCGGAGGCAAGAUUGGUUACUUCAGAGGAGACAUUCUAUUGUUGCUCGAGGACGUCGGUGAGCUCCGCCCCACUUUCUUCCCUGCUGUCCCCCGUCUCUUGAACCGCAUUUACGCCAAGUUGGUUGCUUCGACCAUCGAAGCUCCCGGUUUGGUCGGUGCCCUGGCUCGUCGCGGUGUUGCAACCAAGAUGGCCAACUUGGCUGCCGGCAAGGGUGUCAACCACGCUCUUUGGGACCGUCUCUUGUUCAACAAGGUCAAGAUGGCUCUUGGUGGUCGUGUCCAGGUCAUUUUGACUGGAUCUGCCCCCAUUGCCAAGGAGGUCUUGAGCUUCUUGAGAAUCGCCUUUGGAUGUGUCGUCCUGGAGGGAUAUGGAUCUACUGAGGGCAUGGCCACCGCCACUAUCACCAUGCCUGAUGAGUUCAUUCCUGGACACAUUGGAAACCCAAGAGCUGGAUGCGAGAUCAAGCUGGUGGAUGUACCCGACAUGAACUACCGCUCGACCGAUCAGCCCUUCCCUCGUGGAGAGAUCUGGAUCCGUGGAGACACUGUCUUCAAGGGCUACUUCAAGGACGAGCAAAACACCAAGGAUACGAUUGACUCUGAGGGCUGGCUCGCUUCUGGCGAUAUUGGAUUCAUUGACAACCGUGGAUGCUUCACCAUUAUCGACCGCAAGAAGAACAUCUUCAAGCUGGCCCAGGGAGAGUACAUUGCCCCCGAGAAGUUGGAGAACGUCUUGGGAGCACGCUGCAACCUCGUCCAGCAGAUCUACGUCCACGGAGAUUCCUUGGAGUCGACCCUUGUCGCCAUUGUUGUUCCCGAGCCCGAGACUUUUGUUCCCUUUGCCAACGCCAUCACCGGCGCCUCGGUGACGGUGACGGAUGCUGAGGGUAUCAGUAAGUUGUGCAAGGAUCCCAAGGUUGUCAUUGCGGUGACCAAGGAACUUGAGAAGGCAGGAAAGGCGGGUGCGUUCCGUGGAUUUGAGUUUGCCAAGCGCGUCUUCUUGACCACGGAUGCGUUCUCGGUCGACAAUGAAAUGAUGACGCCUACCUUUAAGGUCCGUCGUCCCCAGGUUGCCGAGUACUUUAGACAGCAGAUCAAGGACAUGUAUGAGGAUAUUCAUAACACCACCCCUGUUGCCAAGUUGUAA